GUGCGCCGACUGUUGCAAACGAGAUCCAACACGGUGCCUUGGCCGAAUGUGCCAUCAUCAAGCACCUGCAUACUGCUAUGUAUACCGGGACGGGAUCGUCUCGCUCAGACGUGCGGUCUCUGGUGCAUAGAGAGCUAUCGCGUGUGCUGGUGGCGUUGUGGACGGUUGACAACGAGGAAGCGGCUGCUCUGUUGAAGCAGAUCUUUCCGGCUGGUCUACUGACGUAUCUUGAUUCGAAAGAAGAACCACCAGAGGAGGAGUUGAUGCCAAAGGCAGACUUCAAAGCACCGCCUGUGCAUCUGGUUAAGGUAUGCCUAUAUGUCCAGUAUCACGGCUAA